AUGUCUUAGAGCUCAACAUUGGAUAACCUAAUAACAAAAACCAAGUAACCUCGUAAUAGUUAGCUCGGUUGCUGCAGUCAUAGUCAAGGAUGCUUAUGGUUCAGUAAAAAUGUCUAAUGCAUAAUUUGACAAUUUAAACUUUGAGGCUCAUCUUGAUUUGGUUGUUUUUUUUAUUUCAGCUUGGCAAUGGGUCUGCACUUCCAUCGCAUGCAUUAUGAUUGUGAUUGGAUGCUUAGAGGGUGUUUGGAUUAGUUUUUAGAGAAAAACUUUGAAGAAUAUCAUAAAAGUGAUUUUAGAGAAUAGAUUAUGAGUAGAAUAAAUUUUGUUAAAAAAGUGAUUUUGAUAAAAUAUGUUUUCUGUUUGUUAGUCAUUGUUGAUGCAAAAACAUUUUGUUGCUUCUUGCUUGUUACGUUGACUUGUUGGGUUUUCUUGUUUUGGAAAUUCUGGUUGCGUACCACACUUAAUUUUAGCCUCUUAAUUUUCAGUAUAAUAGUUAUUUGAAGCUCUGAAUCUUUUUUUGCUUGAAGCAUGAACAGUUGCCACACUGCCUUAGCUUUUUGGCCCUUCAACAAGAUGGCGAGACUACUAGUACAGAUUAUCUAGGAUACAAAGGAGGAUCUCUUGUUCAAACUCCCCAUUUGUAUUUAUCUUUAAAAGAGGCUGGCUUCUCCAGAUUAACUCACUCUUCUCCAAAACUUGGCUUAAGAGCUACAAAAUCAAAGGUCAGUCCUUGGCCUUGGACGAGAGGGAUACAAAUAUAGCAGUAUUUACGUUGAUCAGCUAUGUCAAUAGUAAGCAGGUCCAAUCCUGCAGAUUUAAGAAUAACAAAAGAGAUAUUUGUUUCGGCUAUUCGCUUUGCAACAUCCAUAGAGGGACCAUGUCCCCCGUUUGGAGAUGAGCUUCGAACUUCUGCUCAAGAGCAGGUUGAGUAUAUGUUAGCAGAGGAUGAAGACACUGCAAUGGUUUUGGUCUAUGAUGAGGUGAGAUCAGCAAUAGCAAUGGGUGUUUCCAAGGUUUUUUGUUUAUUUGAAAUGGAUCUGUCUUCUUUGCUCUUGGAUGCUAACCUGGAGUCUGAGGCUGCUCAUAAGAGGAUUUUGCUGAGAGUUGCUGAUCUUGAAUGGAUGUGUAAUGUCCUCCUAAAGAUGGAUUUAGUGAAGAAUUUUGUUUUGCAGUGGACUGCAAUCUCUAAAAAAAUUCUGGCAGUGAUAGAAGACAAGAAGCUUGACCAUGUCAUGUGGGGCCUAAAAGCAAAGAUGAUAGAAGUAACGGGGAAGGUCCUUGAAGCUGUGGGUUAUGGUAGUGUGAUUGUUCCAGCUCUAUGCAGGGUUCAGUUGCUUAAAACCUGGCUUCCAUAUGUCCGGAAGAUGAAGCCUAUACUAGACUCAAAGGCCACUGAGGAGAUAGGUUUUCCAUACAAGAUGGGUGAAGACUUGUGCCAGAACAUUGAGGGCUCGAUCGUAUCGUUGGUGCUAACCUUGCCGUCGAAUGAUCAGGCAGACAUUCUUGCUGAUUGGAUCAAGGGUCAGGAGGUUCAGUAUCCUGACUUGAGCGAGGCUUUCGAGGUAUGGUGUUACAGAACCAAGUCUGCAAAGAGGAGACUCGUGGAAGGCUUAGACGGCCAGAGUGAUGACAGCAUUUGAGUUGGGUUCCAAGGCCCUGACCUUUUUUUUUUUUUUUGUUCAUUGCUUUUUGGCUUCAAUUCUAUGUUUGGAACAUUGGCAUUAGUAUAAGCAUAUGUGAACCUCAAUGUAUGAUUAGUGCAGCAAUAGCGACUCACCCAACUGAUAUUGGUCCAUAAUAUAAUUCAGGAAGUUUACUGUUUUUGUUGUAUAAUCUUGUGGCAUAAGAGCAUGAUAAUGCUUGAUUGUGCAUAAAAACGCGCCUUGGAGAUAACAAAUUUUGGAUAAUUAUUUUUUGUGA